AUGGCUGCAGUGACAAGCUUGGUAGCUGAAAACCCAGUUGUGAUUUUCAGCAGGAACAUUAAUUGUCCAAUGACUCACACAGUCAACUCACUCAUAACUGGGUUUGGGGCAAACCCUGUGUUGUACUAUCUUGAUAGGAUGCCCAACAGGCAGCAAAUUGAGAGUGCACUGGCUCAACUUGGUCGUCAGCAAAAUCAACCAGCUGUGUUCAUAGGGCAGCAAUUCAUUGGUGGCCCUACUGAGGUAAAUAGUCUCCUCUUAAGGAAUGAGCUUGUUCCACUGCUAUUAAGGUCUAACGCUAUAUGGGUAUGGAGGGGAGCUUAA